GACGUCGGUGUCGGGUGGGACGAGGGAAACGGGACGAGGCGGCGACGAGUCGUUCGGUCGUCGAGACGAGGAAAGGACCGCUAGGCGAGAGUCCGACGUCGCGCGGAGUGAUCGGUGGACCCCGUAGGCCGUGGUCGCGCGAACGCAGCCGGAAAAUCUGUUCGGGCGAUUUGAAACGCGUCGCCUCGACCCCUCGGGUUAUUUCGCGCAGGUUGGCUGCACGCGAACGUCGCGUAGGAGCCUCGUCCGACGGUGGUAUCACUGCUAACCUAACCAGGUGUCACGGAAGGGGUAUAUAGUUAGUGCUCGUGUCGCCAUUACCGGCGGUGCACGGCGAGCAAUCACAUCGCCUGCGCCAUUGCUCGGGAGGCCGUAGUCAGCGGGGGCAGCACUACGCGAGUCAGUCGACGGUCUGCCGGCGAGCAGUGCGGACGCGUCGCGGAAAGGAGGAGAUAGACACGCUAGAGAAAGAGAGAAAGAAAGACAGACAGACAGAGAGAAAGAGAGAGAGAGAGAGAGAGAGAGAGAGAGAGAUAGAGACGGUUUGUCGUCGGUUGCCCGCAAAUAUUUGCUGGCACGGCCGCGAUUUCGCCCCACCGUCGGUGGCCAACGUUAAACGCGGACGUCUCCCGCAGACAGAAAGCGGACCUCCCCUCUUGCCCGGCCCGGCCCGGCCUGACGAACGAACGAACACCCUCCCCAUCCCUCUUGUCACGGACCGAGCCGUUACCCGCUGUUCUAGCAGCGCCGCGGCGGUUCCCCUCUAUUGAUCGAAUUCGACCAGCGAAGUUUCCCUUAGCGUGUGCGGUAGUGGCGGCCGGCAGUGGCUCUCGCGCUUACGUUCCUCGGUUGGUGCGGUAAAUAAUCGCGAUACCUCGGCAUGGCUACUCCGACCGCUUGCACGCGGUUCAGUGACAACUACGAGCUGAAGGAGGAGUUGGGCAAGGGUGCCUUCUCAGUAGUGCGACGAUGCGUUCAGAAGAGCACCGGCCACGAGUUCGCGGCGAAAAUCAUAAAUACCAAAAAGCUCACGGCCAGAGACUUCCAGAAACUCGAGCGUGAGGCGCGGAUAUGCAGAAAGCUGCAGCACCCAAAUAUCGUGAGAUUACACGACAGCAUACAGGAGGAGAACUGCCAUUACCUCGUCUUUGACCUAGUGACCGGCGGAGAACUGUUCGAGGAUAUCGUCGCGCGGGAGUUCUACAGCGAAGCGGACGCCUCGCACUGUAUCCAACAAAUCCUGGAGAGCGUACACCACUGCCACCAUAACGGAGUUGUGCACAGGGACCUGAAACCCGAGAAUUUGCUGCUCGCGAGCAAGGCGAAAGGCGCGGCUGUGAAACUAGCGGAUUUCGGAUUGGCGAUCGAGGUGCAGGGUGACGCACAGGCAUGGUUCGGUUUCGCCGGGACGCCCGGUUACCUCAGUCCGGAAGUCCUCAAGAAAGAGCCGUACGGCAAACCAGUAGAUAUAUGGGCGUGCGGUGUCAUCCUCUACAUCCUCCUCGUCGGUUAUCCGCCAUUUUGGGACGAGGACCAGCACCGGUUGUACGCGCAGAUCAAGGCUGGAUCGUACGACUACCCCAGCCCAGAAUGGGACACCGUCACGGUGGAAGCGAAGAACCUGAUCAAUCAGAUGCUGACGGUGAACCCCAGCCAAAGGAUCACCGCCAGCGAGGCACUGAAGCACCCGUGGAUCUGCCAACGUGAGCGCGUCGCCGCGGUGAUCCACAGGCAACAAACUGUGGAUUGUUUGAAGAAAUUCAACGCAAGGCGCAAAUUAAAGGUCGCUAUUCUGACGACCAUGUUGGCGACGAGGAACUUUUCCAGUAAGUAUGAUGCACAGGGUCGGAGCACGAAGAAGGGCGACGGCUCUCAGGUGAAGGAAUCGACCGACAGCAGCACAACGAUCGAGGACGAUGACUUUAAAGAGGAUAAGAAGGGCGGCGUCGACCGGAGCAGCACGGUCAUUGCCAAAGAACCCGAAGCUGGCAGCGCAGGGAGCGGUAGCAGCAGCGGUAGCAGCAGCAACAGCCAGAACAGCCAGACCGGCGCCUCGCCAUCGUCGCCGGCGGCGAUCUACAUCGGGAACAACCACGCGACGACGCCCACGGCAUCGUCGCGACGCUACGACUCCGCGAGCAACGAGCGGGAUACCACCCGUCGAAUCGCCGGGAGCAGCGCUGGAUACGUGCAGCUUGGCCCGGCGGAGGGUUACGACCCGGAAGACGCACGCCGACAGGAGAUUAUCAAGAUGACGGAGCAGCUGAUCGAGAGUAUCAAUAUCGGAGACUUCGAAGCGUACACGAAAAUUUGUGAUCCACACCUGACCGCAUUCGAGCCGGAGGCUCUAGGUAAUUUAGUGGAGGGAAUGGAUUUCCACAAAUUUUACUUUGAUAAUGCAGUCCUGGGGAAGAACUGCAAGGCAGUGAACACGACGAUCCUGAACCCUCACGUGCACCUCCUGGGCGAAGACGCAGCGUGCAUCGCGUACGUCAGGCUGACGCAGUACAUGGACAAACAUGGGGUAGCGCACACUCAGCAGAGCGAGGAGAGCCGCGUGUGGCACAAGAGGGACAACAAAUGGCAGAACGUGCAUUUCCAUCGGAGCGCGGUCACGGGCCCGUCGCCGUUCUCGUUCAGCCACAAGUAAAUCGUC